AUGAGCAUCGCUCUAGCAUCUCAAAUCAUCGGGUUCAUCUCCUUUGCCAUCACACUGGCAACCUUGUUGGGAGUGUAUCGAGAUCUUAUAUCAACAAUUCGCAAAGCUGACACGGCCAUCCCGCUUAUGUUAGGUAACCUUCGACAAGAGAUCGAAGAAGAACGAGCUCUCCUGCGCUACCGAUGCCGUGAAGGGGACCAGUAUGGUGUCUUUCCUUCGCUGCGCAAACGAACGCGAAAGCAGCGAGAAGUGGCCCAACUUCUCCAAUCGUCAAUCGAUAAGAUAUGGCAACAGUUCAAGAACAUCGAACGGCCAUUCCUCAUAGGAAAUCCAUUGCGCGCGGAGCAGGUCCAAAGGGGCGACUACUGGGGUGAAAGUGAUGUCGAAGAGAAACCCCGUGCCAGACCAGAUAAGACCAAGACAAGGGGUCGAAUAGAGUUGGCCGAAGCAGGAUUUGCUCCCGAAAAUCAGCCUCAUUACUAUCAAACCGAUCUUGCCCAUCGUUUCAUUUGGUGGCAAAGUAGAUCCGCUGUCGAAGACAUGUUGACUCAAGUUCAACGUAUUCAGAUUCGCAGGAUCGAGAGAGACGUGUUUGAGACCGACGAACUAGUGAAGCGCUGCUUGAACAGGUUAGGAGGCGGAGGGGGUCGUGGAAGAAGUGCACACGGCAGCUCCAGCGAUAGUCGAGGUGGCGGUGGCGGUGGUAUUCGAGGCGUCCCCAGGCGUAAUCUAGUCAGUUUGUCCGACAACGUGAAGAAAGAGAAGUUAUGCGGGCACACUCAGAGAGUGGCAGAUUUCGGCAAGGUGAAACCACCAACACGAGACAGCGCAGCAACCACAGUCCAAAAACACGGUAUGAGUCCGAGGUCAUUCACCCUGGAAGAAUUUUUGUGGAUGUAG